GAGCAAAGAAGAGUGGGCGGAACGCUAUGGGCGCGAGGUGGUGGGAGGACAUGGCAAAACUGGAUACUGAUCCCCCUCCCCUCGUCUCACCCCCUCCCCCCUACUCCUUAAUUCUCCGGUUUCCCCCUGCAGGCGCGGAGAAGAGUGGGCGGAACGCUGUGGGUGCAAGCUGGUGGGAGACGUGGCAGGAGGUGUUGAGAAGGGAUGAGUGGAGUGGUAUCGCUCGCAUCGAGCGCAGUGCACACAAGCAGGCCAAGUCUCGAACUGAUGCCUGGACCGAGAAAUGGUGGGAGAAGUACAACGAGAGGGGGUGGACAGAGAAAGGGACGUACACCCUACACCCCUCCUCUAUCGCCCCGCCCACACUGCCCCCCCAUUGCUCCCCUUCACCUCUUCUCCCUUAUUGCAGGUGGGAGAAGUACAACGAGAGGGGGUGGACGGAGAAGGGGGCGUACAAGUUUGGGAGGCACGAGGGGCAGUCGUGGUGGGAGAAGUGGGGCGAGCAAUACGAUGGGCGAGGAGCAGUGCUUAAAUGGACGGACAAGUGGGCGGAGCAGGAUGACAACGGCAGCAAGUGGGGCGACAAGUGGGAGGAGCGAUUCACCAAUGGUGUGGGCAGGCGACAAGGGGAAACGUGGCACCUGUCGCCCUCUUCCUCCCGCUGGUCGAGAACGUGGGGAGAGGAGCACUACGGUGACGGCAAGGUGCACAAGUAUGGGAGGAGCACGAGUGGGGAGGUGUGGGACGUGGUGGUGGAGGAACCUACCUAUUACGAGGGCACGCCUCACUACGGCUGGGCAGAGGCAACUGCCAACUCGCUGCAGCUGCUGGCGAUCGAGCCUAUGGAGAGAGGAGGGGAG